CUGGAAAGGCUAGGCUUAAAUUUCACACAGUAGCCAACAGUAGCAAACUGUUCCUCUAGGUAAUCCUUGCUUUAAAGUUGAUCGAGGUGGGCCUGGGUCAAUAUCUAUGAUUCAUGUGAUGUCGUUGACAGAAAGGGAAAGCAUGCAUGCAGACAUGCCUAGAGCUGAGUGAAAACAAAACAAAUCAUCAGCGAGCGCAGGUAGCUGCUGGCUGCUAGUAGGUUGUUAGUUAGAUGAUAGCAAGUGAAAAGGAGCUCACUCACAUUCACCUCUUCUCCUAUAUAUAACCAGCCGGCCGGCACACGCUUGCCUCAUGGGACAUUUGUAGGGUACCAGUACUGCUACCACAACUACUACUACGUCCACUAGCUGCAGGCAGCCACAUCCAGGCACCGCCCGAGAGGAUGGGGAGGCCGCCGUGCUGCGACAAGGUGGGCAUCAAGAAGGGGCCAUGGACGCCGGAGGAGGACAUCAUCCUGGUGUCCUACAUCCAGGAGCACGGCCCCGGCAACUGGCGCUCCGUGCCCAUCAACACCGGCCUCAUGCGCUGCAGCAAGAGCUGCCGCCUCCGCUGGACCAACUACCUCCGCCCCGGCAUCCGCCGCGGCAACUUCACACCCCACGAGGAAGGCAUCAUCGUCCACCUCCAGUCCCUGCUAGGCAACAGAUGGGCGGCCAUUGCGUCGUACCUCCCGCAGAGGACCGACAAUGACAUCAAGAACUACUGGAACACCCACCUCAAGAAGAAGCUCAAGAAGCACCAAGCCAUCGGCGCCAUCUUCGCGCCACCUCCCCCCUCCGAACCUUCCAUCAUACCAUUACCAACCACCGCCAUCGCCGGCCAUGUCGAUCUCCAUCAUGACGUCAUCGGCAAUCCCCUCUCCAAGGACAGCUCGCUACGCCCGGCCGCCUGCAGCAACGCAGCUGAGGUCACCCAGCUCAUCGCCCGGCGAUCGCUGUUCGCCGCCACCGACGGUGACAGCUCCUCCUCGUCGUACGCCUCCAGCAUGGACAACAUAUCCAGGCUGCUCAACGGCUUCAUGAAGAGCUCCCCGCCGCAGAACGACGCUGCCGACAUCAAGCCCUCAGCCACCGAGAUCAACCCUUUGCUGUCGUUCAACCAGUACCACAUGGCCGGCGCCACCACGCUAUCAGCCUUCAACGACAUGCUGCCAUCGCCGCAGCAGCCAGCGUUGAUGGGACACAGCGGCUACGACGAGCCCAGGCAGCAACACCAGCAGGGGCCGCUGUCUCCGAUCGAGAAGUUGCUGUUCGAAGAGGCCGAAGAGCAGGUCGUCGACCUGAUGGAUCUGUCCGACGGCUGCUGCUCAGUCCCAAUGAUGUUCUAGAUCAAACAAAGAGAUCAGUAUCAUACACGUCAGUUAGAUAGGUUAAUUUGUUUCUGCAAGUUACUUUACUUUUAGGAGAAAGCUAUAUAUGUUGAUGCAUGAGAGAGACAAAACAAGAUACAUACGUACAUACUGGUCAAACUCCCCUGCGUGAACGCCACGCGGCCAUCGUCUUACCCAUCUAGGUAUUCAAUUGUACGUUACUUGUGGUAGAAUUCAGAUUUGACACUGCAAAUCAAAAGUCAGCAGAAUAAGAGAUAGCAACAGGAAUAAGUGUGACCAAAUGACAUGCAAGCAUGCAUGUCAGAAUGAUGUAAUUACGUGAUCUUUUCUUAUAUUUAAUUUGUUAUACAAA